GCGCCCGGCGGAGCCGACCGGCCAGUGCCAGGCGAGGCAAAGGGAAGCGAAGGGAGCGGCGUGGGGGUUGCUCCGGGUCUCUUCCAGGGGCUAGUCCGGCAAGAGGCCGGGCGCUUGUGUUGUUGCGAGGAAGGGAGCCUUCGCCCGCUUCACGUCCAGGAAAGCGCUCGUGGGGGAACGAAGCGAGAGGGAGAGACCCGGUUUGCAAGAAGGCGGAGGCGAGGGUCGCUCGCCAUGGAAACGGCGACCAGCCCGUCGAGCGACGAAACCAUCCUCUACUUGAUCCACUGCUUCAGGCGCAGGAUCAAGGAGACCAUCCAGGUGACCCAAGUGCUCGACUGGAUGCCCUCCUUGAGCCGCGAGGAGAAGGAUCGCAUCCGAGCGGCGGCCGGGGCCCGAGGGAACGUCGAGGCCGCCGAGGUGCUGCUGCGCGCCCUGGAGAACGCCGCCGCCGCCGCUCGCCCGCCCGGCUUGUGCCAAGAGUUUUGCCAGGCGCUGGCCCGGGGCGGCUUCGAGGCCUCGGGCUACGUGGACCCCACCUUGAGCCAGCUGCCCUCGCCCUCCCUGGAGGCGGAGAGCGACGUCGCCAAGCUGGUGGUGGACGUCUUCUUAGGCGAGCUGGUGCAGCGCCUGAGGGCCCCGACGGUGGCCGCCGCUUGUCUGCAGAACCAGCUCUUCGAUGACGAGGACGUGGAGCGGGUUGAAGCUGAAAGUACUAAAGGGAACAGACAAGCAGUACGGGAGCUGCUGAGCAGAGUAGUGAAGAAGAAACGAUGGUUCUCGCCAUUUCUGGAAGCCCUCCGUGAAUCAGGGCAUGGGGAUGAAGCCGCUAAGCUCAGUGGGCAGGAAAAUGGUAAUGAAUAUUAUGUUAAUGGGGCCUCUGCACCUGAGGAUGAGGAGAUGGCCGCAGGCAAUCCCCUUGUUUCUGAAGAUGUGGGAGACCUGAAUCUGGGUGCUGAGUUGAGGCACAACAUGAAGGCUGGUGAGAAGAAUGACUCAGACAAAUCCUUCAACGGCGCCUCAGCAAUGUCAGAAUCUGAUGUCAGCUUGCUUGAUGCACAUAUCAGUGAGACCAGUGAAAGCUUUGUGGUCAGCGGUGAUUCAGAUGAUCCUGAGAAUGGAGAUAAGAGAGGUUCUCCUGAGCGAGAGCUGAGUCUCAGGGACUACCAAAUGGAAGUAGCUAGACCAGCCUUGGAAGGGAAGAAUAUUCUGCUGUGUCUCCCUACAGGCAGUGGCAAAACCCGAGUGGCUGUUUACGUUGCCAAAAACCACCUGGAUAAGAAAAAAGAAGAUGGUAAAGGGAGUGGAAAAGUUAUAGUACUUGUCAACAAGGUACCUUUGGUGGAGCAGCAUUACCGGAAAGAAUUUUAUCCCUACUUGAAGCAUUCAUAUAGAGUGACUGGGCUGAGCGGUGCAACACAGCUAAAAAUUUCAUUCCCUAAAGUUGUCAGAGAGCAUGAUGUCAUCAUCUGUACAGCUCAAAUUCUUGAGAAUGCUUUGCAAAAUGCAGACACAAAUGAUGAUGAAGGAGUCCAGUUAUCAGCGUUCUCUUUGAUGAUUAUUGAUGAAUGCCAUCAUACUCAGAAGGAAGCCGUCUAUAAUAAUAUCAUGCGCCGUUAUUUAAAGCAAAAGAGGGAAAACCAGAAGAGGAGCAAACGGGGUGAACCACUAAUCCCCCAACCUCAGGUUCUGGGACUGACCGCUUCCCCUGGUGUCGGAGGUGCACGGAACGCUUCCAAGGCUGUGGAACAUAUUCUGAAAAUAUGUGCCAAUCUUGAUGCAGAAGGAAUUAUGACAGUUCAGGAACACACCUCUCAGUUGAAAAAUCAGGUGAAGGAGCCCCUUAAGAAGUUUGAGAUUGCGGACGACAAAAGAAAGGAUCCAUUUAGAGAAGAACUCAUAGAUAUAAUGACAAAGAUCCAGGAGUAUUGCCAUUUCAACCCAAAUGCUGAAUUUGGCUCUCAAACCUAUGAACAGUGGGUAAUCCAAGAGGAGAAAAAAGCUGCGAAAGAAAAAAACCGCAAGGAACGUGUCUGUGCAGAGCAUUUGAAGAAAUACAAUGAUGCCUUGCUCAUCAACGACACUAUCCGGAUGACUGAUGCAUAUCACCAUCUCAGGAACUUUUAUAAGGAAGAGAAGAACAAGAAGAUGGCAAUAAAUGAAGAUGAUGAGGAUAAGCCAUUCACACCAAAACGAGAUGAAACAGAUAAAUUCCUGAUGGAUUUAUUCUAUGAUAAGGCGAAGAUGCUGCAUAGUUUAGCAGGAAUCGACCAAAAUGAAAACAACAAGUUGAAAGACUUGCGUGCAAUAUUAAUGGAAGAGUUUGCGAAGACAGACAAAGCAAGGGGAAUCAUUUUCACAAAAACUCGACAAAGUGCCUUUGCCCUUUAUCAGUGGAUUAAGGAGAAUCCCAAAUUUGAAGAAGCCGGAGUGAAGGCUCGCUACCUUAUCGGCGCAGGACACAAUAGUGAAUUUAAGCCCAUGACUCAGAAUGAACAAAAAGAUGUCAUUGAAAAGUUCCGUGUUGGCAAAAUCAACUUGCUUAUUGCAACUACUGUGGCAGAAGAAGGCCUGGAUAUCCCAGAGUGUAACAUUGUCAUACGCUAUGGCCUUGUCACCAACGAGAUUGCCAUGAUGCAGGCUCGUGGACGAGCUCGAGCUGAGGAAAGUACCUAUGUCCUUGUGGCAUCAGGUGGAUCAGGGGCUGCUGAACGGGAAAACGUUAAUAUCUUCCGUGAAAAAAUGAUGCAUAAAGCAAUUAAGCAUGUCCAACAGAUGCCUCAAGAGGAGUAUUUACAGAAGAUUGAAGGGUUUCAGCUGCAAAGUAUAAUGGAGGUAAAAAUGAAACACAAGAAACUACAGCGCAAAACAUAUACGAAAAACCCAUCUUUGGUACGUUUCCUCUGCAAAAACUGCACUAAGCAAGUCUGUUCAGGGGAAGACAUCCAGGUUAUUGAGGAUAUGCAUCACGUCAGUGUCAAAAAGGAAUUUGAGGAUCUUUACACUGUAAUAGAAAAUAAGACAUUGCAAGCAAAAGAAGCUGGUUAUCAAACAAAUGGAGAAGUUAUCUGCAAAGACUGUGGACAAACAUGGGGAAGUAUGAUGGUACACCGAAGUCUAGAUCUGCCUUGCUUAAAAAUAAACAAUUUUGUGGUUGAAUUCAGAGACCGGAAAACUUCAAACCAAACCUACAAAAGGUGGGGAGAGUUGCCAAUUAAGUUUCCAGCUUUCAAUUAUGCAGAUCAUUAUGUUUCCAGUGAAGAAGACUAAGAUGGACGCCGAGAGUGUAAAAGAAGAUGCAUUUGUUUCUUUGGAAACCUUAGAUUAUACAAGUCCAAGGACAAGUUCACACGGAGAUGUUUAUGACUCAAGAACUGCAAAGAUCUAGGGAUGAUGUCUAUGCAUUGUAUCCCAACAGAUUUUUUUUACUUUGAAGAGAGGCAGUUCAUGUGGAGAGUAAUGAGUCACUAAGUGAGACGAAAUGUUCUGUGACAUGCACAAAUGUGAAAAGUAGCCCCAUGUCCCAUAAUUCUAACAUGAGAGGGUCACCAUGCUGGGUGUGCAACUAGUCUGCUUGGAAGUUUGUGUUUUGCCAUGCUAUCAUUGUCCAAUAUGUGAAAAACAGACCACAGGUUUAUUAGGCCUUGAUGAAACCAAGAGGAAAAAUUAAUAUAUAUGACCCUGUCUUAUUUUCAGGGAAAUACGGUAGUGUGGUUUAAUAUGUUACCAAAACUUAUGUAUUUUAACUAUGUAGUUCGUAUUAAUACUGGAGAGUUUGUGGUUAAAUAUCUAGAUCACAUUAAAAAUAUAUAAAAUA